AAAAACACACACCUCGAGAUACCCCUGUCGAAGCUAGUGCCUAGACCAAUACUAGGGUACAUUUGCUUUAUUACUUUCGAGACCAUAGUACAGUUAUCUAUUGCUUCCACCACAGUUAGAAAGCUCGGUUAUGGUACCUAAUAUAUUAUAUAGAAGGAUUCAUCAUCCUCCAGCGGAGCCACCAUCUUGACUGUCUUUUUCGUUGGCGCUGUACGACGCCUGCCAGUCUGCCGAACUCGAGCACUCCUAAACUUCUUAAACCUGCUCCCACAUAAUCCUCUCCAUACAGGUAUCCUACUCAGAUAAUUGGCUGUGUAAAUAAUCAGAAUGGCCACUUCAAGCAAGGUUGCCGGCGGAAACAAAGCCUUGAGCAGCUCCGAUAACAUGCUUUCCUCUGCCGAGGAGCGUCAACCUCUAGCUAAAGACAAGUUCGCAUUCCUCAAAGAGCUCACAUCCGCCGAAGAAUACCACGGUGCAAAGUCCUUCUAUCAGCAUCUCUUCAAUGUUUACAGCUUCCUAAAGUCGCAGUCGCUGCCCCAGGAAGUCUGUGACGCUGGGCUCUUCCACUCCGUCUACGGCACUGAAUUUUACCACUUCCAGAGCGCCAGCAUCACCCGCGACGUCGUGCGCGGCUACAUCGGCGAGUACGCCGAGGAGUUGGCGUAUAUCUUCUGUGGGCUAAGGAAGGACCGUUUCGGCUCCAUUCUCAACAACACGCCGGGCUGGGGCAAGCGGCAGCAUCUGGAUCUGUGUCGUCUAGAGUAUGCGAAUUUCUGGGACGGGAAAGAAGAUCGGGAUGUACAGCGCCAGAUGGAUCUUCUUAGCCAGACGAUCGCACGACUAGAGGGCAAUGCCUGAGGAAGGCGGGGACAUCCUCGCACCAUCUUGUUGCGGAGCAAGAAAUGAGCGUAGUGGUAUCGAUUCGGGCUCAUUAUACCUCUAAAGCCAUGGUUUUUACACAGGU